AUGCGGAGCCUGCGCGGAGCUCCGCCGCCUCUGCCGCCGCUCAUACUGCUGCUGCUGGCGCUGGUGCUGGCGGCGGGGCACGGGGCCGUCAUCACCGGGGCCUGUGACCGAGACCAGCAGUGUGGAGGAGGGAUGUGCUGUGCCGUCAGCCUCUGGAUCCGCAGCCUGCGGAUGUGCACACCGAUGGGGAAUUUGGGAGAGGAGUGCCAUCCUUUGAGUCACCGAGUUCCCUUCUCCGGGCGGCGGAUGCACCACACCUGCCCAUGCCUGCCCGGCCUGGCCUGCCUACGGACUGCUCCCACCAAAUUCAGAUGUUUACUGGACUUCAGAAAAGAAGAUGUCUUUUUUUAGCAGGAGCCAUUCUGCACCAGAAAGAGCCACACUCGAUGUAUUCUUUCUUUUGUCUUGUUGUCGUGACGAACAAAGUACUUGCCAGGGGAAACCCUUUACCAUACUUUCCUGCCUCACCAACAUUAAAACUGAAGAUGAGGUACUCUGCUGUAGCAGCCAAGGUUUUAAGGAGGGACUUGCAGUGGCAGAUGCUUUCAUUCGUGGGGUGAGCGAAAUGACAUCAGCUAAAGCAGUUCUGCUUUCUGAGGGCAGGAGCUGAAUGAUUUCUGAACCAUUUCACGGUGUUCAUGGUUCCAGCUUAACCCCAAAAUGAAAACAUCGAAGGUUACUGUCAGGGGUGGAAAACGUUGGUCACGUUUUCACACUUUGGAAUGCCUGAAUCAAACUGAGAGUUGAAUAAGUGCAUAGUGGGAAGCAUAUGACAACUGCCAAAAAAUAAUGUAUUUACGUUUCAUAUCUUUCUUAAUAUAACUGUAUUUGUAAGUUAGGUGCAUCUCUAGGGUAAAAGUUGAACCAGUAGAUGUAGAUUUUGCACUUUUAAAAAGUGGCAGGUGGAACCAAAGCAUUUCAAUAUUCAAAGCAUUAUGAGAUCUUGUUAUUUUACUAUUC